AUGGAUUUUCUUCGGCGGAGCGCUAUUUUUACGAAUUGUCUUUAUUUAGUUUCAGCGAUCAUUCUCGCCGUCUACAACACAAAGGACUACACUGAACACGAAUUCGAUAUUUUAGACUUGAUAACUAUCCAUGCUGACAAAUGGAGCUGGCUCAUUACGUCACUUCUUUUUGCCGGAGGAGCCUUGACUCUAGGAGCAUUUACUAUUUUCUACUUAGGAAUAUCUCAUAUUCAAUGGAAAUCGAUUCGAACAACUCACUGGCCAAAUCUGCAUCGCGAGCUUUUCGAUGAACUGUCUCCAGCAGGAAAUUCGACUUGGGAUGAGCUCCAAAGAAAAUACCAGUGCUGUGGCAUAAAUGGAUCCGCCGAUUUUCUCGGAUCAGCGUGGGCCGCCUAUGAAGAGAAUCUCUACAAUGCGGUCCCGCGAAGCUGUUGCAAGGACGAGAAUAAUUUUCAUAAAUGCGAAAUUGAAGGACUUUGGUCACAAAUCCACCAAAUCGGUUGUCAAACUGUGUUAUCUACUGCUCUGUAUGAGCUUAGCUGUCAGACUAAGAUAAGACUAGUUGUCCUCUCUCUUGGGGAGUCCUUGCUGUUCAUCCUUUGCCUACUGAAAAUUAUGAUUUGGAAAAGGGGAAAAGAAGAACGUAGUAGAAAAACAACGGACAAGCUAAUCUUCAAGAUUGCCGACUUCUACCGUCGAUUUAACAACCAUCAGUAA